GUUUUUCCAUUUUAGAUAUCGUCCGUCAAAAAUUUCUCAAAAGAUGAACCUUUCCCUCAUAAUCUUCAUCACUCUUCAUCUUAUUCGUCCAUCCUUUUCAAAACUCUUCCAUGGAGACGACGAUCAUCAAACCAGUUGCAUAAACCCAUUUCUGGAUCAUCAAAAUUCUUCAUUGAAAGAUCAUAUACUAAAGCUGUCAAAUCAUGUCGAAACAGCCGAGUGGAUCAAGAAAAUAAGAAGGGAAAUUCAUGAAUACCCGGAACUCGCUUUUGAAGAAUUUCGCACAAGCUCCAUUAUCCGGCGAGAACUGGAGAAGAUGAGUAUUGGGUACCGGUGGCCCGUUGCCAAUACCGGAGUAGUUGCCCGGGUUGGCUCCGGUUUACCGCCGUUUGUCGCACUUAGAGCAGAUAUGGAUGCUUUACCCAUUCAGGAACUGGUGGAAUGGGAGCAUAAAAGCAAGAUUGAUGGUAAAAUGCAUGCUUGUGGACAUGAUGCACAUGUCGCAAUGCUUCUUGGUGCUGCCAAAAUCUUGAAACAACUCGAGACCGAAUUACAGGGCACUGUGGUAUUGAUAUUUCAACCAGCUGAAGAACAAGGAGAAGGAGCAAAACAGAUGAUCAAAGAAGGUGUUCUUGACAAAGUGGAGGCCAUUUUCGGCCUUCAUUUAGUCCUCUCCUCCGAUACCGGUGUAGUUGCGUCUAGAUCCGGCGACUUCUUGGCGGGGUGUGGCUUUUUCAGGGCGGUGAUCCAUGGCAAAAGAGGUUCUCAAGAUUCCGUCGAUCCAAUUUUGGCUGUUUCGGCAUCUAUAAUUAGCUUACAACAUAUUGUAUCUCGAGAGGCUGAUCCAUUAGAUAUGCCUGUUGUUUCUGUAACAAUGGUGGAUGGUGGAACUGGGCUUAAUGCAAUUCCAGAUUCAGUCUCCAUUGCUGGAACUUAUAGAGCUGUUAGCAAAAAGAGCUUCUAUGCACUUGCAGAAAGAAUACAAGAGGUGAUAAAAACUCAGGCAUCUGUAUAUCGUUGUUCAGCUACAAUUGACUUUGAAGGUCCGAUUGUCUCUCCAACUGUUAACGACGAGAGGAUAUAUGAGCAUGUAGUGAAAGUAUCGGAGAUGAUCGUCGGAAAACAGAAUAUAGAGGUGGCUCCUCCGAUCAUGGGAAGUGAAGAUUUUGCGUUUUAUUUGGAAAAGAUUCCGGGGACUUUAGCUUUUCUCGGGAUAAGAGAUGAGAAGAAGGCGAUCAUCCAUUCGCCGCAUAGCCCUUAUUAUGCGGUUCAUGAAGAUGUGCUUCCAACAGGAUCUGCGCUUCAUGCUGCUUUUGCUUAUACAUAUCUUUUGAAGACAUCAACAAAUGUCUGUGUUUCCUAGUUGUGUGUGUGUGUUUUUUUUUUUUUUUUUUGAAUUAUAAAACGUCAAAGGACUCAUUUUGUGAAUUAUAAAAGACUGCAAUAGUUGAAUAAUGAAUAUUACUUUACACCAAUGUAAAAAUUAAAGAAAACGAUAUAUUUAUGGUCCA